AUGGAGCCCCCUUCAGGCCCUCCACGAGGAGGACAGGUCCCCUGGCAGGACCUCCUGCUGGCAGAACCCUUGGCCCAGCCCACUCUCCGUGCCAGCAACACCACAGUCACAGAAGACAAGAACUCUGUGGUCCUGACCUGCUCCACAACUAACACUGUGGUCUCUAUCGGGUGGCUCUUCAAUGGCCAGAGUCUAAAGCUCACGGAGAGGAUGACACUGUCCCAGGACAACAGCACCCUCACCAUACGCCCUGUCAGGAAGGAGGAUGCCGGGAAUUACCAGUGUGAGGUCUCCAACCCAGGCGAUUCCAGGAAAAGUGACCCUGUGAGGCUGGCUGUGAGCUAUGAAGGAAGCACCACAGGCUUCCCUGUGGGGCCCAUCGUUGGUUUUGUAGCCGGGGUCCUUGUCGGACUGGCACUGGCAGCUACCCUAGGCUGUCUCCUGCUCCGCACAAGGACUGGAAGGGCUAGUGGCUGGUGUGAUCUCAGAGAGCUCUGCUGCCCAGCAUCCACCCCCCGACAGGUUCCAGCCAGAGGCAACAAAUCGCAGGACUCCCUGCCCGGCCCCACAACAGCCAUUCCUGUCUACCAGUUUCCAGAAGUUUGCAUGUGUCUCACUGUGAUUGCUUAUCGUGCUCGGGGUUCCCUCAGCUUCUUGGACCAUUAUUUCUUCAGAUCCAUGGAAGCCAAAGAAAUGCCCGCUGUUGUCCACCACUGUGCUUCGGACUCUGCCCCAGGGGGUGAGACCAGAGCCCCCCCAGGCACGGAGCUUAUCCCCAGGAGAGCUGUUAGUCGCUCUCCCACCUGUGCCCGCUGCCGAAACCACGGCGUCACUGCCCACUUGAAGGGCCACAAGCGCCUGUGCCUCUUUCAGGCUUGCGAGUGUCAUAAAUGUGUCCUCAUCUUGGAGCGCCGGAGGGUCAUGGCUGCCCAGGUGGCCUUGCGUAGGCAACAGGAAGCACAGCUAAAGAGGCAUCUGGCUCAGGGACUGAUGAGGAGAGGUGCAGCUCCUCCCAAAGCUCCCAGCCAUGUCAAGAAGGGAGCCACUCGACCUGGGGUCCCCGCUGAAAAGGAAAACAUAGCACCCCAGCCUCAGACGCCCCAUGGGGCAGUCCCACUGGCACUGACACCCCCUGGGAAGGAUAACUCCCAAGGGCCUCUGCUGCUCAGUCGUCCCCCAGAAGCCUUGCCUUUGUCCUGGACUCCAAUGCCUCCAGGCCCUUGGGCUCCUGGACACUGGCUGCCUCCAGGACUUUCCAUGCCACCUCCAGUGGUAUGCCGCUUGCUAUGCCAAGAACCUACUGUCCCUCUGCAUCCCUUUCCUGGCUUUGACCCUGGCACUUCCCUCCGGCUGCCCACUCAUGGGCCCCUCCCAACCUGCCCAGGAUCUCGCCCGAUACUGACGACUCCCCUUUCUGGAGAAUCCCAAGGGCCCACUGCCCUGCCCCGCGCAUGCUCGACUCUGAUACUCCAGCCCUGUGGCACCCCAGACCCUCUUCUGCUGCAGCCACAGGCCCCUGGAGCUUCUCGCCUGGCCUGGACUUCUGCCCCCUCAGAGCGGCAGCUGCAGCGGGAGGCAGCUGAGGCUCUUGUGGGUCUGAAAGACUCUUCCCAGGCUCCCCGCCUGACCUCUUCUGUUCCUCCCAAUCCUCCUUGGAUCUCCCUGCUCCACCCCUGUGGCCCACCAGCUCCUGCUGGAGGAAGAGGAUUCCAGCCUGUUGGACCCUCUCUCCGACCCAGCCCAGCCCCCUCUGUGGCUCUGCAUAUUGGGCGUCUGGGCUCUAUCUCCCUCCUAAGCUAGAAGCCCAGAGAUGGA